GAGAGAGCUAGUUUAAAGGUUUUGUGUUUGCACAUUUGCCUUGAUUGCUUCAUCGGCAAAACUUACUCAAUCCCUAAUCUAUCACAAAAUCAAUCAAAACCAGAAGACGAUUUGAUCACCUUGCACGUACGUCUUUGAGAAAGGAACCGUUCUUGGAUUGAGACAAAGUAAUGGAUUUUAAAGGUAUAACAUGGGUUGGUAAUGUCUACCAGAAGUUUGAAGCAAUGUGCUUAGAGCUCGAAGAGAUCAUCGUCCAGGACACGGCUAAAUACGUUGAGAACCAAGUUCAGACGGUUGGAAACUCUCUCAAGAAGUUCUGUUCCGAUGUGGUUCAAGAUUUCAACCCCGAUGAGACUGUGGAUUCGGGAAAACCCUCACCCGUUUCCAUGUUACAUGAAUACGCUCCUGUUUGUUCCUUCAAAAAGAAAAGAGAUUGCAUGAACCAACAAACCAGAGAUGUGAAGCAAGAACAAGAAGGGAAGAAGGAUGUAUUUGACGUGAAGUUCCGUGGUGUUGAUGCAGAUGAUUACGAUAUCUGUACUUCUCCUAGGCAGUACAGUUACGGAAGUCCGUACAGAAGAACACAGCUCGGUCGCAAACAAGUCACUAGGCCUUACACAGUGAAAGACUCGAGCAGUAUAUCGUCAAUGGUUCAUAGAGCUCGUGUCAAACAUGAUGUUGGGACUGUUAAGUCAAGUGAUCCUCCUCCAGGUGGAGUAGUAGCAAGACUCAUUUCUAAAGACAAGUGUCAGAAAUAUGAUAGAAGCAAAGGUCAACACGGUCUAACAGUGGUUGAUUCUGUCAGAAGCCAUGAGUCAGAGCUUAGAACCGAACAUGACCACGGUCUUACGGUGGUUAAUCCUGUUAGAAGUCAUGACCACGGUCUUGGGGUGGCUGAUUCUGUUAGGAUCCAAGAUUCAGAGAUUCAACCAUCUGUUGCCACAAGCUUACCUGCAGGAUCUGAUGAUUGCAUAAAGGAAACCGAUGAGGAUUCAAUGCAAACUAAAACUAGUUCGAGUUCUGUCUCAGAGUCAGAGCAGAAAGCAGAGAUUCUUCAACAGCUUAGUGGAAGAUCAGUUGAAGAAAGCUGUAUCAUUGUGGAUAGAGACGAUUUGCAUUGUGUUUUCCCUGACAUGAAGGAGAAUGACAAACACAAACCUUACAAGAAGAUCAGGGACGCAAUUUCUUCAAGAAUGAAGCAAAAUAGAGAGAAAGAAUACAAGCGACUUGCCCGUCAGUGGUACGCAGAAGAUGUUGAAAAUGGUAGAGAAGGUGGCGACAGUUCGAAACAGAUCGAGGAAGAUCAAUCACCAGAAGAAUCUGAAUGGGAGCUCCUGUAAAAGAAUGUUUAUGGUUACACAUAUAAUGUAAGUAAUUAAGCACCACUAUCUUUGUACAUAAAGAAUGUAUAAGCAAAACAUAAGAAGCAGCUUAAAGCUUCGUCUAGUUAUAUAAUGAAUCAAGGCCCUUUAUCUUUUUUC